GCGCGCUGGUGUGAACAUGCUGGAUGAGCCGGUGCAGGGACAGAGCUGAGACUGAGAGCUUGGGGGACAGGGGGCUGAGAGACUGUGCAUGGACGGCGCAACCUUCCCGCACGCCUUGUGCUCGCCUCAGAGUGCGGGGAAGAAGAGGAGCAGGAGGAGGAGGAAGAGGAGGAGCUGCACUGCACCGCCAAAACUGGCUUCAAAAUGAUAAACAUCCCAGAAUGCUUCACAGAAGCAUAAUCUGAUUAAAAAUACAAAUAAACCAAAAAUGAAGAUAUUGGAAGAAGUGCAGAAUAUCCUGAUUAGAGCUGAUAGUUGAAAAGACCACUGACUACCCUUCCACUGAGUAUUCUCUGGUGGAGGAUGUUGCCCUCCACUUUACUUGUUUGAUGGACAGACUGAAUGAGCAACGCCUAUUUCAGCCAGACCUGUGUGAUGUAGACAUUGUAUUGGUGCGCCAGAAGAAUACAUUUCCUGCUCACAAAGGGGUACUCGCGGCCUACAGUCAAUUCUUUCACUCACUUUUUACACAAAACAAGCAGCUUCAACGUGUCGAACUUUCAUUAGAAGCUCUAACAUCGCAAGGGUUUCAGCAAAUCCUGAACUUUAUCUAUACAUCAAAGCUGCUCGUAAAUGCCUGCAAUGUGCAGGAUGUGCUAAACGCUGCUGCAGUUCUACAGAUGAAUGAUAUUGCCACUUCCUGUCAAGAAUUAAUAGAUAGCCGGUCCUUAAACUUGACGACGGUGGCUAGCGAUAUGUCAAAGCAGGAAAAUCGCAGCAAUCCCCUUGGCUCUCAGUUUUAUCGUGAGAUUAAGCAGGAGGUGGAUUCACACCCUAAAAUCUAUGCUAGAGAGAGCAACAAUCCAUACUCGGUACGUGUGGAGGACAACACUGGGAAACAACACUCACCAAUUCAGCCAAAACAGCAGUAUUAUAAGGAGGAGAACGAUGACCAAACGGUGUGCAAGAUUGAGGGAGAUACUGAGCAAUUGGAUGAUGAUUCGGACAGUAGGGGCUCAUAUAACCGGGAACAGAUCAUUGUGGAGGUUAAUCUUAACAACCAGACUCUGAAUGUUUCUAAAGGGGCUGAGGGCAUGUCUUCACCUUCAGAGGCUACAGCUGUAUUAAGUAGGUGUCCUGAGGAAGAAGAGGAUGACGACGAAGAGGAGGAUGAUGAUGAGGAAGAGGAGGAGGAGGAGGAUGACGACAAUGCUGAUGGGGAAGAAGAGGAAGAAGAUGACGAAGAUGUCACUGAGGAAGAGGAAGAGGAUGAAGAAUGUGAAGAGAGUGAUGAAGAUGUGAAUGAAGGUGGUGAUAACCCUGAUACUCCGGAAGUCAAGACUGAAAGUGGGCAAAUGACCCGGAGAACAGCAAGAGCUUUGACUGCUUCCAAAGGCUCAACUCCCCCAGCUCCAAGCCGGUCACGGAGACCUGCCAAACAUGAAAUGAGAACUCGAGGUCGGAAACGAAAGAAGGAUUCUGAUAGCUCAAAUCAGAAGGUGAAAAUCGAAGAGAAACAGCACUUCCCUUGCAAAAAGUGUCCCCGGGUAUUCAAUAACCGCUGGUACUUAGAGAAGCACAUGAAUGUCACGCACAGCCGCAUGCAGAUCUGUGAUAAGUGUGGCAAGCGAUUUGUACUGGAAAGUGAGCUGUCACUGCAUCACCAAACUGACUGUGAGAAAAGUAUUCAGUGUGUCACCUGCGGGAAGGGGUUUAAGAAGCUCUGGUCACUUCAUGAACAUAAUAAAAUAGUUCACGGUUAUGCAGAGAAAAAGUUCUCCUGUGAAAUCUGCGAGAAGAAAUUUUACACAAUGGCCCACGUCAGAAAGCACAUGGUCGCUCACACAAAAGAUAUGCCAUUUACCUGCGAGACUUGUGGGAAGUCAUUUAAACGCAGUAUGUCACUGAAAGUCCACUCCCUGCAGCAUUCGGGAGAAAAACCUUUCAAAUGUGAGAACUGCAAUGAAAGAUUCCAGUAUAAGUAUCAGUUGCGCUCUCAUAUGAGCAUCCACAUCGGACACAAGCAGUUCAUGUGCCAAUGGUGCGGCAAGGAUUUUAACAUGAAGCAGUAUUUCGAUGAACAUAUGAAGACGCACACUGGGGAGAAACCGUACAUCUGUGAGAUCUGUGGCAAGAGCUUCACCAGUCGGCCAAACAUGAAACGGCAUCGUCGGACACACACAGGCGAGAAGCCAUAUCCAUGCGAUGUCUGUGGCCAGCGCUUUCGCUUCUCCAACAUGCUUAAGGCACACAAGCAGAAGUGUUUCCGAGUCACCAACCCCAUCACGGCAGACAGCAACCCCCUGAGCCUCACGUCCGCCACACCCCCCAAUUCCAGUAACCCCCUCAUUAGCCCCCAUCCCCAAUCACACCCUCACUCCCUCCCUCUGCCCCUCCUUCACUCCCUCCCACCAACUCUCCCCCCUCCCCCGCACCUUCCACCGCCACCUCCCCUCUUUCCAGCUGGACGGAUAAAUGCCAACAACAACUGAAUGGCUGUAAAGGGGCAGGGGGCAUUUUGGCCCUCCAAACAAAAAAAAGAGACAAGUGACUGUAGCAGACAGAGAAGCGCGCACUGGGUGUGACGCUGAAUAUAUUCUGUUACCUGGAAGGAAUAUAACCAAAGGGGGCAUACUUAACAGAUGGGGACUCAGAUUCAAACAACCUUGAAAAAGAUCAUUAUUGACUUAUGUAACAAAAAACCUAUUUUGGUGUAUUAUUUACAGUAAGGAUGUAGACAAAGGAUUUUUGUUUUUUAAAUGUCAUUAUAGGACUAAAGGCUAUUACCAAGUAGUCUGAACUACUUUUAAAGGCAUCCAUAGACUUAAACUGCUCUCACUUUAAAAAAAACUUUUCUGUUUGCGUUUUUGAACAUAAAUAUCCCUGCAGCAUAUAAUGCAAGAAGGACAUGUACAGAUUUAAUGCAGAGAGCAAAGCCCUUCAUAAAUGUGUUUCUAAUAUACUUAGCAAGGUAUUGUUGGAUUCCUCCCUUUUCUGAGCACCCCUUCCUACCUGUCCAAACUCAACCCCACUCCUCUCCAAACCUAAUCCCCCCCCACUUCCCAAACCCAUUCUUUUGAGCCUCCAAAGUGUAUCCUGCUAUUUUUUAACACAUGUUUAGUUAAGUAAAGCAAGCUGUGCUUGUGUGUAGCAAGUUUAACCAUUUACUGUGGCACGUCUAAACCGACUUGACAUUUUAGCAGUUAGUGUCAUGUCAUAUGAGUGAACCGGGGCAGUGUUUAUUUUACCAUGGACUGUAUGACUUAACCACAGAAGCAACUGAGGUGAGAGGAUAAGAAUUAAUGGAACUGAGGGGCUCCAGUUUGUGGCCAAGUACAGACACUAAAGAAGGGAUGACUGACAAAAUCAGUCACGGAAAGUAGGACUUCUCUCUCAGUCAGUUAACAGCCUGGAGGCAGGGAACUGGGUGGAUUGCAAAAGUGUGCUCUAACCACCACUUACUCCAGUUCACUUUACUGACUGCUUUGCCUCCAAACUUUGUGGCCAUCUUUGUUGGGGCUGACCAGGGAGCCCUUGUUUCUUUGGAGGACCAAGUUAGCACUUGAUGAUCAUGAGCACUGUGGCUUUUAAUAGGAAAGCAGAGUUAAUAAAGGCAGAAAUAAAUAUUCUUCUAAUAUUUACAGUGCAGCAGAAGGACAGACCAUUCCAAUCGUUCUUAAAGAACUGAGCUGGAGAGUUUGAAAUUUAAAUGGGAAUGAAACUGGUCAGUGCUGUUGUGGAGGAUUCUGCACUAAGCCAAGGCACAGUGUAAUGGAGAGGACUGAGAAAAUACAUGCAGUAGAAGUCAAGUAAGGAGCAUUUGGGUGUUGAAAUCUCAGCAGCAAGAAGUAUUGGGAAAUAUGCUGCUUUAAGUUGCAGCUGAUGUGAGGGUUUUUGCACCUUUCAUUAACUUUAAACUUUAUAGACCCCAGGGAAAAGAAAGACAAAGAAAUGAAGUUCUCUUGCAAAUGGUUGCCUUAAGGGACUCGAAUUACAGAAUUUAGCAAGACAUGGUUGGGGAUCAUUAGAUAUAUUUGCCCAUCAGAGAUACUUCCAUCCCUCCUCCUACAGGGGAAAAUUCAGUUAUCGAAACAAUAUCAGAGACAAAGAAAAACUGCAGAUGCUGGAAUCCAAGGUAGGCAAAUGGGAGGCUGGAAGAACACAGCAGGUCAGGCAGCAUCUGGAGGAAAGGAGCAGUCAGCAAGCAGCAGGACUCCUGAAGAAGGGUAAUAGCUGAAACGUUGACUGGUCCUUUACUCUGGUUUCUGCCUGUUCUGCUGUUUUCUUCCUGUUUAUUGAAACCAUAUGACAGGCUCACAUUUAAAGUGUGGUCAAAUUAAAAGUAUGACUUGGUACCAGAACUGGGGAUUCUCCUUUGUGUAUGAUGUUAAGCCCAGGUGCAUCAGUGGCUUGCUUUCUGAAGUAGGACUUUCAGCACAGACUUCAGUGUUUCAGAUAGUGCCUUUGUCAUUAUGCUGCUCCUCUAGGAUUAAAACCACCUUGAUUAGCUUCCCCCUGACCAAGGGCUUAUGUUUUACUGAAAGGCAUAGAGAACAAUUGACAGUGGCAGUGUUAGAUCUGGUUGAGCUUUUGAUUUGGUAACCCUUCCAGUAACUGUUCAAGGUGGACUGUAAGACACACCCAGGGAUAUUAAUUGCAUUGCUGCAGCAUCCUUCCUGUCUCAGUCCAAUUUGCCUGUGACAUCUUGACUCUAAAAAUGGUGUGCCUCUAAAAGGUGAACUUUUUUAAGAAGGAUCGUGGGAGUAGGACAGAGAGGAGCAGUCUUCCAUUGGCAGCCCUGAUAACAAUGCUGCUACAGGUAUCUUACCAGAAAGGUCUUGUACUUGACACAGCUGUCUGCUUGUGGUGGAUUUUCACACAUAGCUUUAUGGGAAGAGUUCCCCAAAACUGGAAUAAUUUCCACAUGCUGCCAUUUUAGUCAAUUUCUGUUCUACUGAACUAAUAGAUAUUGACAUCCCUCUAAACUUGAACACUAACCUAGAUUUUAAAGCAUUACAAAGGGGUGAACUUACUAUUUGAAGCCCACCUUAAACUGCAGCGAUUACUUUGUUUGGGAACUGUAAAAGGCCUCAGAUUUUAGAGUGGAAUUUUGUUGAAUCAUGUGGACAUUACACUACAUCCUCACCAUAGGUUAAUCUUCUUGUAAUUAUUAAAGACGCCCUUUUCCCUACCCAUCCUUAAGACUAUUUUGUCAUAAUGCAGGAUUAAAAUAAUAGAAAUCUAAUUGAAAUAUUCAAUUUGAUUGAUGUGCUUAUAAGCUGCUUUAACAAUUUAAAUCACUAUUUUGCACCGGGGCAUGGGAGAAGUCAUUCUCUGUUUCUGAACUGCAGAUUUUAGAAGAAUCAUUACUAUAUUUAAUGGUAAGUAACAGCAGAGCAGAAUUUAUUUGCAAGUGCACUGUUAAGUCUCGAACUAUAUUUUGUCACAGAAUUUAACGUGCAGUAUUUGUCAUUGUACAGAGACGAGGAGGAAAAUGUCAGUGAAGCAUUUCAGUAUUUUUAAUAUGCUCUUAUCGGAUACAGAGUUUAAAAAAAUUAAAUAAAAAGUUGGUUAUUGUAAAGACAUAGGACUUUUUAAUAUUCAAUGUUUUGAUACUUUUGAAAUCUGCCUAUUUUGCUCAUCAAGACUGCACCUUCAAGCAAUAGCAAUCUUUGGGUUGGGCAUCCUGAUACUUAUUUUCGGUGUUGGUAAUUCAGCCAACUUUUAAUUGGAAUUUGUGUUCUAACAUAGGACCCCUCAGUUGUUCAUUAGCAUGUAAACCUGCUCAUUAUCUCAGAUACAGCAAUGCAGCGUGGUGUAAUGGGAUGCUAGUCUGUUGUUAUAGGAUCCAACGGCAAUGACAGCAAACUUUGUUCCAAGUUUGCAAUUCAGGACAAAACCAUGAACAAAGGGGGUUUAUGGGAUCCUUUGCACAAAACAGUACAAUGUGAAUCAUCCAUAGCAGCUGUUACUUUUCCUUCAGAUUCUGGUAUUUAAUUUAUAUGGUAUUCUCAUCUUUCAUUUUUUUAUAUAUAUAUAUACACGCUAACAGUCGCAUGCUAAACGGACUUCAACCAGAGGGAGGGAGUAGUUAGAUUCUGUGCUUCCUUUUGCAGCCUUCAUCUCUUCAUUGUACUUUUUAAUUCCUUGCAGUACAUAAUCCUUCCAUUUUAUUUAACAAUUCUAAAACAGAAUUGGAUGAAAUUAUCCCAAAUUUUUUAAAAAAAGGUUUUUUUUGCAAAGGCUAUUGGCCAUCACAAAGCAAGAGAAACCUGUUCAGGUAAAUGAUAUAUCUAAGUGCAAUCUGUCAAAACUGCAGCUGAGAGUGUCUCAAUUGACACGUUUGAGGAUUUCCUUGCUUUUUCAGAGGCACCGCCUGUGGUUAUCAUAUUGUUGCCACAAGUAUUCUUUUAAAAAAAUAUUUGAAGUGCUCGUACUAAUUGCAAAAACUUCUGGAAUCCAUCCGGUUAAUGUUGAGGUUGUUAUAUCAUUCCAUUCAUUAUGGAAGUACUUAAAGCAGGCAUCCUCUGGUUUGCCAAGUCCCGGAGGCUAUAUUGGGUAAAGGUUCGGUCUCCAGCUGUGUUCAUGGAGGAUUUUUUAAAAGAAUUAAUUUAAAGACUGUUGUUCAGAGUUUGAGAAACGUGAACAAGGAUAGCAUUGGAUUGGAGCCUUUUAACCCUUUGUUGACAUCCUUAUUUCACAGUGAAUGUUACUUUUGCUGUACAAAAUGAAAUCAUGGGUGAAUUGAUUCAUAAGCUUCAUUUAGGUAAGCUAUAUUUACAAUGAAAUCUUGCACCUUAACCCUAAUAUCCCUUCCUCCAAAGGACCACAGAUGAGGGGGGGGGGAAACACUGCUUCAUACUGUAGUUAUUCCGCUAUCUUGUGGAGAGAUUUCAUUUGAAGCAAGAUCAUACUGAUGUAAACAGCUGCGUAGUACUGCCUCAUUCAGGUAGUGUUGUACAGCUUGUUGAAUAGGGGAAAUGCUACGGAUAAUAUUUGUUGGAUACAAGGCCAAAAUUUAGCUUGGUCCAUUUUAGUAAAGCAUUAGGUUUAAGAAAAAAAUUAAAAUCAAAUUUGUGUAUCAGUUAUAAGUAUGUUAAUUCUAUAUUUUACUACAUAAACACGUCUUAGUUAUCUUGUGUACAUAGCAUUAAUGUAGAAUGUUGUAGUCUUGUGGUUUAAAGGAAGAUUAUGUCCAUAGGUGCUACAAUUACCAGUCUAUAUCUGUCAUUUAUGUACUGCUUAGUGUAUAGUGUAGUCAGGAUUUGCUGUCUAAUUCCUGAAGAAAUAAAUUCUUUCAUUAUAAUAAAAGCAUGGUUUACACCUUUGUAUUCUUAAAAAUUGUUGUCAACCAACUUGGAACUUAGCACAAUUUGCACAUUUUUCCUGUAAUUCACAUGCCUUUCAUUUGUCCUUUCAGAGGAGCUUGAAACUAUAGAAUUCUUCACUUCCCUCAGUCUUUUUGUCCUUCUUCAGUGCUUUUAAAACCUAAGCCAGGUAUAUACCAAGAAGGAAGAGUUCCAAAGACUGUCAACUCUGAGAAUAAAAUUCACCUCACCACGGUUUUAAAUGGGUGACCUGAUUUUUAAAUAGUGACACCAUCUUGCUUUAGAUUCUCCGAUGAGAGGAAACAUAUGCUUCCUUUCUACACUUUCAAGAUCCCUUAGGAUUUUAUACAUUUCAGCCGUCGUUUAUUUUCCUGAACUCCGAUGGACACAUACCUAGCCUGUCUGACAUUUCCUCAUUUUAAAAAAAAACCUGUCCAUUCCAGGUAUGAGUCUAGCAAACCUUCUCUGAACUGCUUCGAUGCAUGUAUGUCCUUACUGAAAAGAAGUGACUAUUACAGGGUGCACUGUACACUAGAUGCAGUUUUCUGUGGAACAGAGGCAUAACCUCCCUGUUUUUCUAUUCCGUUCCUCUCAGGAUGAAUGACAAUAUUUCGUCAGUUUUCCUAAUGACUUGCUGUACCUGCACUAACUUUAUACACAAGAGGGGACCCAGAUCCCUCUGUAUCGUGGAACUCUGCAAUCUUCACUGUUGAGAUAUUAUACUUUCUUUCACUCUGCUAAUUUCACAUUUAAAAAUUGCAUCUGGAAGACUAUAAAGUACCAAAAGGAAAGCCAAAAGUGCCAUAAUGUAGGAUUCUUUUAUUUGGACUAGCUUGGUGAAGCCAAUAAGUAGGAGUGGAAUUAAAAAUUAAUAUGACAACAUCUUUACUAAGAGCCUAAGGGUUAUGACUGAAGUCUGAACAGAGUUGUUUAACAAUCCACUUCUGGUCUCCCCUGUCUAGAGGAAUUUUGAACUGCAAACACAAUACCACUGAGUCAUUGUUUAGCCCUGACUAUUUUCAUUGCAGGCUAUAAUGUUGCCACGAGAUUUGAAAGCUUUUUUCCAAUUUUGUCGAUAUUUGUCACCAAGAUUUUCUAUCCUUGACUUUCACUGCCUCUCUCUAGCAGUGAAUGCUUGACAGUGAUUAUAUUUACAUUUAGAAAUGAAUCCUCGACGAGACAGCAGUUGUCAUU